CUCCAGUUCCUCUCUUCAGUCCUCCAAACCCCUCCCACGCCAAACCUCCCACAGUGUCAUCCAAGCCAUGCCGCCAUUCCUAGACCGUGUCCAGCUGGACCACGCGCUGCACAAUCAAGCCGUGCCCCUUCUCGAGGCGAUCGCUGCAAACGACCAUCUGCGCAACCGUUCCCUCAGGCGCUUCGAGCGCGACGAUCCGCCCCCCUAUGCCGAAUCGACAGAGUCCGAAGAGUUCGACGAUGCACCACCACCGCCCCUUCGCGGCGAGCUGCCAGAAGAGCUGCAGGCCAUCAUGGACCGACCUAUCUGCACCGACGAACUGAAGCGAUAUGGCUUAGAAUCCACGCUGCAACCCGGCGACUUCUACUACUCAGAGGCGAUGCUCGAGAAAUCCCGCGUGACUCGCUACAGGGCGAACAACAUAUUUCGAGGAGUGGAGGGCUCUCGGCGGCUGGGAGUCCUCGUUCGUCACAAUGUCAAGCGCCGCUGGGAGAAACUUGGUGUCUGGAAUCCCGAGUGGGGUUUUCCCGGCCGUAGGGUGCAGCCGAACGACGACGUCUUUAGGUGGAAGUGGCCAUGGCAGCAACACGAGGCAGAUGGCUCCGAGCCCAGUGACUUGUAUACGCAGCAGCUCCUUGCACGCGCCCUACACCUGCGCCAGGGCCUACGUCGCGGCGAGAGCUCCCCCGUGAUCCCACGCUCGCACCUUAAACGAGAUGCGUCCGUUUCUGAAGCCGAAUCGUUCAUCAUCUCUAGGCCUUGGUUUAUCUUUCAGGUCGAAAUAGCCGAAGAAAGAGCGCGGCACUUUCGCCUCUCUAACGAGCAACGACAGCGCUAUCCACACUCGGCCCACAUGCAAGUCAUCGAGUGGUGGAAAGAGCGUGGGGACUGGAGAGAUGAGUUCAAUAGAACCGACUGCGUUACUUCCUGGAAAUGGUCGCACGAGUCUCCCUCCCCAGAGCCUGAAGAUCUGACCCCCAUCAACAACAUGACAUCCAGCCCACUGGACACCGCAGAUAUAGACUUCACUGCCUCCGAGGUUGAUGAUCUAGAGACCAUUGAGCUUCCGCCUUCUGAACACCCCCCACAUUUCUGGACCAUCCCUGAUGGAUUCGGGUUUCGGACUUAUCCUGGACAAACCAUAGACGUCAGCGCAAGUGUUGAGCAAUUGGCUCGGGAUUUUCCGCCUCCCUCCGUUCCCAACCCGAUUAGACUCUUCGGGCCAACUUCACCGCCCCCAAAAGAACAUGAGGACGCGUCCCUGGAACUCGAAGAGAAGUUAUCCACGCCGCCGCAACAAGACCUCAUGAGCCCUCCACCACAGAACCCGCAGCGCCGGAGUCAGCGCCAGCGCCAAGCGCAGGGUAAGGUUACCAAGGCCAAAGACCAGAACACUCCCCCGCCACCCCGUCGUAGUGCCAGAAUCGCUGGCAUGAAACGCCCCGCCGACCCGCUGCCUUUGCAAGCAGCGCCGAACAAGAAACCCAGAGGUAGAGCAACACCAAAGGCCGCAGUACCUGCCACUCAGCAUACCACGCCAAAAACUCGGCGCAGGAAGCCAGGACGUGUGGUCCCCGCACGCCCCCCGCCAAAGGAGUCAUCAAAGACUCGGUCCCGACGAACUCCGAGGAUAAGGAAGAAGACCUAGGAGUAGAACUAACAGGCGGUGGAAGAGCUGAGAAAAGGAUGCAGGAUGUGGAAGCGCCGGUAGCAACUCUCCACUAACCCCGCAACACCGAACGAUCAUCACCAUCAG